GAUAUUCUCCUUUCAUUUGCACAUCAAUCAUCAAGAUGUCCUCAGUGAUAGACCGUUACUAUAAAAUCACUGAAAUUAUAUUAGAAGCACUCGGAUUAUGGCCGUAUCAAAGUUCAACAUGGAUGCGCUGUAUCAAAGCAAUGAUUAUUAGAAGUUUAUUUCUAUCAGGUUUACUUGUUCAGUUACUAGCAUUCAUUACAAAUCAAUACAACACGAGUCUUCUCCUUCAGAUUUUAUCAUUUGUCUUUCCUAUUCUUAUCGACGUGAUAAAAUAUUAUCUUUUUAUCAUUCAAGCAGACAAUUUGAAGCAACUACUCGAGCAAAUCCAAGAUGACUGGAGUUCGUUAAAAGAUAAAUUAGAAAUUAAUAUUAUAGAAAAAUAUGCUUGCAAUGCGAGAUUUUUUACAAUAAUUGUGAUGGUAUAUUGCUAUUUUGGAUUACUACUUUGCGGAAUAUUUCAAUGUCUGCCGAUAUUUCUUGAUAUUAUCUUACCUUUAAACGAAUCACGACCUUGUCAACUUUUUGUGAUUACGGAAUAUUUCAUCAAUCAGGAGAAAUAUUUUUACGCUACAUUAUUACAUGAGGGACUAGCUUAUACAAUAGGAACAACUGCAUUGUGUGGUACUAGUGUGACAAUUAUGAUAUGCAUUUUGCACGCCUGUGCAUUAUUUGAAAUUGCAAGUUGUCGAAUAGAAAAUGCAAUCGAGGAAAAUAUAUUAAUGAUCCCUAGUCCUCAAAGAGAAUAUAUUCUUUAUCGCAAAAUUGUACAUGCGGUUGUUAUGCAUCAGAGAGCCAGCAAGUUUGCUGAACUUUUGACGUCCAGUUUUACGACAUUAUUCUCCAUUCUGAUCGUAAUUGGCAUUAGUUCUUUAACUUUCAAUCUUUUUCAAUUCCUUCAAUUAAUAACAAUAAUGAAAAAUACCACUCAAACAUUUAUAAUCGCCGUAUUGAUAAUCUUGCAUUUGAAUUAUAUGUUUAUUGUUAAUUACGGUGGACAAGAAUUAUUGAAUCAUGGUUUAAAGCUAUUUAAAGCAACUUAUAAUGGAUUGUGGUAUGCAGCACCGUUGCAUACGCAAAAACUCUUAUUAUUUAUAAUGCAAAAGGGAACAAUGAAUAUUGGUCUAACAUGUGGCGGUAUAUUUGUUGUAUCCUUGGAAGGUUUCGCUACGGUAAAAUUAAUACUUUUUUAAUGAUAAAAUUUUAAUGUUAAUUAAGAAUAUGUAAGAUGAUAUAUUUUUUCAGCUUACAAAUGCGGCAAUAUCUUACUUUACGGUAAUUUAUUCUACGCAAUAAAAACUAGACAUUGGACAAUUAUUAAAUGGAUGAAUGUAUACAAUAUAAAUACGAUGUAAAGAAAUUGUUGAAUAUUAAAAAAAUGAGUAUU